CGGGCGGUCCUAGCUAAACUUCAGGAGUUAGUGGGUCACGGUUUUCAAGAAUAGAUAUGGUAAAGUAACUUAUUAUUAUCACGUUAAAUACAAACUAUACAUGGUUUUAUGAAUUGUUAAAAACGACAUUUGUUGUGAUAUGUUGCAUCAGGCAGGGAUUGUUGGGAUGAAGGCCGUCACAAAAAUACUAGCGUUAACCGAUGUUUUCGAGGAGGACUCAGAAAAUGAGAGAACAUUUGACGGCUUUUCUGAUUCUGACAGUGAAAUCGACGUAAAAGACUAUAAAGAUUCACAUUUGGAAGAUGAAGACCAGCCUGACCUUUCACCCAAGAAGCAGAGGGCCACAUCUAAACCAUUUUCUGGGCCCCAAAAAUUCCAGCUGAGAGUGGCACUUCGCUCCACUCCCUCUACCCAGCAGUCCACUGAUGAAGAGGAGGCAGAAGAGGAAGAGAAGAUGACCAAGAAGAGAGUGCUAAAGCGGGCAGGAAAGACCACUCCGGCAAAGAAGAGGAAACGUGUUACAUUUGAAGAUGUAGAGACAGCCGUAGAGACAGCCGUAGAGACAGCCGUAGAGACAGCCGUAGAGACAGCCGUAGAGACAGCCGUAGAGACAGCCGUAGAGACAGCCGUAGAGACAGCGAAAGAUCAAGGAUCCGAUUCAGCAGAAGAUGUACCUGCCUCUUUCCUGGACAAGAGAGAACGGACCAUCAAGGCCAACAAAGCAAUGUUGGCUCAGCUGAUGUCGGACCUGAAGAAGAUGCCAGGAGGCGCAGGGAUUCUGAAAAACCAAGCAGGCCCAGAGAUGAAGAAAGAGAAAAAUUCUCGUCCCCCUCGCUCUGCUGCAGCUGCAGGAGAGACCAGGAGGAACCCAGAGCGGGCGUCUCGCAGACGGACUCGCUCUAUGGGGGGAUUUGAGGGACCUUUAUCCCCUAAGAAGGAAGAAGUGGAGUGGAGCUUGGAGGAGGAGCUGCUGGAGGUACGUCAAGCCCCACGGCGCCGUGCCCCGCGGCCUACUGCGUGCAAGCCUCAUUGUAUCCGUCCUGUGGAGGACAUCACAGAGGAAGAGAUUGAGCUGGUGGCAGAUAUCAUGACUGAAAAAGUCUACAACAGAGACACAGGCACGACAUGUCAUCAGUGCCGUCAGAAAACAGUUGACACCAAGACGUGCUGCCGCAGUGAGGACUGCAGAGGGAUUGUGGGUCAGUUCUGUGGGCCGUGUCUGAAAAACAGAUACGGAGAGGAUGUAAAGAAGGCGCUGCGCGAUCCAGAUUGGAAGUGUCCUCCCUGUCGUGGCAUUUGCAACUGCAGCUUCUGCCGGAAGCGUGAGGGCCGCUGCCCGACCGGCAUCCUGUUCCCUCUGGCCCAGUACCACGGCUUCUCUGACGUCCACUCCUACCUCAGCAGCCUCCGGAGUAAACUGAAGAAUGAGCACAACGAUGUAGAGAUGUGAUAUCAACACUAGGUGGAGUUUUCAGUCUGUUUUA